GGCGGCCAACAUUCGAUUCCCGAAUCUCGUACCGAGCGGUUAUAUCAAUCGAGACCAACAGUUUCUGUGUUUUCUAGUGCAUUUUGCGGUGCCGCAUCAUUUCCAAAAGGACCUCACCAAAGCCGGGUGUGAUCUAAUGUGUAAUUUAAAUUCUCCCGAUCAAAGCGACAGCAAUUCUGAACGAAGACUCGAGCAAACAAAAAUGUGUGCAUAGGUGCCAAGAGGAAACAGUUAGCUUUUGCCUCGAGAAAAGCUUGCAGUUAAAAGUUUCCUAUUUAUGCUUCGAUAUGAAACAAAAAAGCGAGAAUAGGCUGUUAAUAAUAGUUUAGUAGUCAAUCUAUUUAUUUCAUUUUAUUUAUACAACACAACACAAUACGAGAGCAGCUACCUGAUUCGGAUAUACAACGGCAACUAAUGACUAUGGAUAAGAACCGACAUUCAACUUGUUUUUACUUCUGCCUCGUUGUGCUGAUCAAUUGGUCACAAGGGCAGCCAUCGCAGCAUCUGACGGCCAACACUAUUCUACCGGCCGUAAAAAAGGAUGUUUUCAUGUCCCGCGGUUGGGGAGCCUCCGGAAUGCCCUUCACAAUGUUUUACCUCAAUCACUACGCCAAGGCACAGAAAGCGUACGCUCAGAACCAGCAGCAGUUGUAUAAGAAUCAACAGCAACAGGAUAUCGAAGAAAGAAAAUUGCGACUGGGUGCAGAGGAACCAGCUUUAAUCGAUCAGCCAAGAAUAUUGCCAUACGGGACACGAUAUGCAGAGCCUGUGGCCAAUGCACAACACAGCGAGUACGGUCGAAGUAGCGGUAUCAAAGAAGACGAGUACUCCGACGGUGGCGUUUAUCUACCGUCAAAACCCAACACACCUCGAAGACCCUACAACGUACCCCAACUAUUCGUGUCCUAUGGUUGGGGUCCUAUGGGUUAGAACAGGACAUACUUAACAUGCCUACCAACCAAGUAGCGUCCCACUUAUCAGCGUUAACCAGCUAUAAUGUUGUGUAAUUAUGUUUCCUUUCCGUGCCUGUGGUUGUCUCUCUUGCUGUAUGCUGCUUGAUGCUCGACGCGGGAAUGUUUUUUGCUAUUCUCUAAUAAAUGUGUGUAAAAAUAAA